ACGGUUAAUGGUAAAAAAUACUUGGUGAGAAUGCAGCUUAUAAUAAAAAUUCUUAUUUUAUAUAUUUCGGUAAACGUCUUUGACUGUAUCCAUUAUUCGGGUAACAGUAGCUACAAAAGAGCAUCAAAGCGUAGUCGUAGCCCUUUGUGUAUUCUUCCACGACAUCCGACAUUUGGAAAGUGGAGGAUUUAUGACAAUGCUUCUAAAUUGUCUCCUGGAGGAAAAGUAUCAUCACGAACGGUUUUGGAAUUGACUUGUAAAAAAAGUUACGUAUAUAAAAAUUCUGAGCCGUUUUCUACAUGUAUUCAUGGAAGAUGGGUACCCAGAAUCGGGAAAUGCCUAAAAACUUGCAGCACAAUACAAAGUACUUCUCUUAUGACGGCUACUUGCACGUUUGGGUCUAGUACGCCUAGUUCUUGCGCUAAUGCGAUUGACGGAACAGUGGCACACUUUCAGUGCGCUCCUUUUUAUGAAGUCCCUAGGGAAAAAAAACCCUACAGGCUGUGCUCUAAGGGGCAUUGGGUUGGCAACGUGCCGACCUGUGUUUCCAGUAUGUAUGAAUUGGUAGUGUAUUACUUGGUUUUUUGUUUCGUGGGGGAACAAUAUUUUAGGAUUCAUUAUUGCCUCUUGUCUAGAGAAAAUUAUCGCACUUUAAUUGUGAGAGGGUCCGAAACGAAGAAAGGGGCUUAUCCCUGGCAAGCAGCUCUAUACAGAAAAGUCGAUAAAACAUUUCUCUGUGGAGGAAGUUUACUAAACGAGAGAGUUAUCUUAACAGCUGCACAUUGUAUAACAAAUAAUCAAGGCAAACUAAAACCCGCAAAAAACUACAUCGUAGCCGUUGGAAAAUAUUAUCGAGAAUAUGAUCACCCUGAUGACAAGAACGCACAGUUUUGUUCUGUACAUAAGAUGUUUAUUCCGAGGGAGUACAAAGGAUUUAGUCUGAAGUAUCUCGCCGAUAUCGCCCUUAUAGUAACAAACAACGCUUUCAGUGUUUCUGUAAACGUACAGCCUGUGUGUACUGUAUGGCAAGAGAACAUCCACCAAAUAUUGACCGACCCUAACAGAACGAAAGAGGCUUAUGUGAGCGGUUGGGGUUAUACUACGGAAUAUAAAAAUCUUUCCUCAGUUCUUAAACAUUUAAAAGUUCCUCUUGUUGCCGGUGAAGAAUGUUCACAGACAUUAACUUCAGAAGAAGUAGAAUAUUUGACCCACGAUAAGAUAUGUGCUGGCUAUAUAAAUUCUAGCAGUUCGGUGUGCAACGGUGACAGUGGCGGCGGAUUGGUUACUUUAUACGAAAAUCGUUAUCACGUCAUUGGAGUUGUAAGUAUUUCUCCGAGAGGAACCACCGAACAUGGCGGUUGCGACAGCCAACAGUACACCCUGUAUACCAAAUUUUCUGAAUACAUGGAAAACUUCAUAUACAAACGAGAGGCAAAAUUUAGAUCAAGUGCGGACACCAAGAUAGACGGCAAUUGUUCCGCUACAGUUGCAAACAUCAGACGUCCUCGCAAAUGCGUUUUGCCACAGCAUUCACGGUCGGGAAAAUGGAACACAUCCUUUGAACACCAGCCUGGACAAUCUGUAGCGUCGGGUACUACCAUAAAAGUAAUAUGUGGCAACAGAUUUAAACUAACUAGAGAAAGCAAAAUAACUUGUGUAAAUGGAACUUAGUCACACAACAUGGGUCUAUGUUUGAGUAGGUAUCCGGCGCUCUUACAAUAUGCCUUUAACCCUUAACUUGGCAAAACCAGAAGAGCAUGGAUAUUGCGGAGACAGAUUUUUCAACAAUUGUGGAUGCGGAUGCGGAUGCGGGUUUUUGGAAGAGCACAUUCGCGGAAGCGGAUACGGGUUUUUGGAGGACAUCUGGGGAAGCGGAUGCACAUUUUUAGAGGCUCACAUCCGCGGAUGCGGAUAUAGAUCCCACAUUUUUUUUAAGAAACUUCGUAUGGGUACAGAAAUCAGUUAAAACAA